ACACAAAGUACUAGGUUAGAUUUCUACCAGUUUGGCAACUGAGGAACGGAACAAAAAAAAAUUGUGAUAAUGGCGUCGCAGUCAAAGCUAGUGGAGAGUUUCGUUGUUCAGAUUGGCCUGUCCGUUAGUCCGUACAGAGGCUACUGCACACGUGCCAUGCAAUCCUUAGUGAGCCAUUAAUUGCCAGGAAUCGCUUUUUUGAUUCAACUGUUUUAUUCAACAAUUCGUUUGUUAAAAGAAACCAUUUUUUUCCCUACCACUUUUUGUCUGGCAUUCGGUACCCUUGAACAGCAGCAGCCUCAAAAUGGCUGCCCUAUAGGCACGGGCCAGGCGUGUUCCAGUGGUAGCCUCUGACUCGAAUACCGUUUGUUUGUAGGGUCUUCGACAACUUUAAGACAUUAGUUUGUUUUCAUCUUGUUGUUCAGUUUAAUCGCCGAGUUUAUCGUGAACAAUUUCAAUAGUGAAGUGCAUAUCUGCCGACUUAGAAAAUGCCAAAGCUAUCAGAUGACUCAAACGAAGAUUCGCCGUCGGAAAACUCUGGGUCAGAGUCUUCAGCAUCCUCCAACAGCAGUGGAUCGGAUUCGGGUUCUUCUAGCUCUGCCAGCGAGUCAGAAGCCGAUUCUUCACCACCCAAGAGCAAAAAACAACCAUCGCCAUCAUCUGGAAAAGUUCAGCCUCGACGGGCUACUUCUAUAGCCAGCAACGCAAAAGGCUAUCAGUUGAGCGACAGUAGUUCUUCCCAUGAUGAAGACGAGGAGACGGCUUCUCCUACGCAACGCCGACCUGUCCAGGCUGGCCAGCGUGUUGCACAUAAACCCAACGCAAUCGUGGCUGCUAGCCGCCGACAAAUAGCACCUUUGUCACGUACAGCAGCGCGGAAACCCCAACGUUCAAAAUAUGCCCAGUCGUCAGGAGACGAAUCCAGCAACAGUGACGAUGAUUCACGGAGUAGACCGUCCACUCGACGUCAAGGAGCUUCGGUCAGCUAUAAAGAAAACUCUGCGGAGGAAACAGGAUCAGAAGAUCUAGUAGAAGUGGAGUGGGGUCAAGAAGCUGUCGCAGCUGCUGCCGAGUCUGAAAAUGCGGAGACGAUUGAACGCAUUAUCGAUACACGAAUGGGUCGUAAAGGAGCAACCGGGCCACCGACUACUGUAUACACAAUAGAGGAGAAUGGGGAUCCGAACGCCAAUUUUUGUCCAAUUCGCGAACCAGACAAGGCGGAGCAGCAAUUCCUCAUUAAAUGGCUUGGCUGGUCACACAUUCACAAUACGUGGGAGUCGGAGCAAACCCUGCGUGAUCAAAAGUCGUACGCAUUUCAGGUUAAAGGAUUGAAAAAAUUGGAGAACUACUUGAAACGCGACGAUGAAAUUCGUGUGUGGAAAGCCCGAGCUUCACCGGAAGACGUCGAGUACUACGAAUGCCAGCAGGAACUUCAACAGGAGUUGCUAUUGAGCUACAUGGCGGUAGAAAGAAUUAUUGCUGAAAAUCGUAAGCCCGACAGCGAACAUCCAGAUUAUUUUAUUAAAUGGGAGAGCUUACCGUAUUCCGAUGCUACUUGGGAAGACGGCGCUCUUAUUGUGAAGAAGUACCAAAACAAAAUACGGGAAUUUCGCGAAAGAGAAGAUUCUAAACGAACUCCCAGCAAACUUUGUCGUGCCCUAAAAUUUCGUCCCAAAUUUACACCGCUCAAAGAACAGCCAGAUUUCAUUGGCGGUGACCCCGCCUGCGUUCUGCGAGACUACCAGUUGAAUGGGCUUAACUGGAUGGUACAUGCAUGGUGCAAGGAGAACUCUGUGAUCUUGGCUGAUGAAAUGGGUCUAGGUAAAACGAUCCAAACUAUCAGCUUCUUAAACUACCUCUUCCAUGCCCAGCAACUCUAUGGGCCCUUUCUGGUUGUUGUGCCUUUGUCUACCAUGGCCGCCUGGCAAAAAGAAUUCGCUCAGUGGGCACCCAACAUCAACGUUGUCACUUAUAUCGGAGAUAUGACAUCAAGAGACUUGCUGAGGCAGUAUGAAUGGUGUCAUCCUGGAAACAAACGACUAAAGUUCAACGCGCUAUUGACUACCUAUGAAAUCCUGCUAAAAGAUAAAUCUUUUCUGGGUGCUGUCAGUUGGGCAUGCCUUAUGGUAGAUGAGGCUCAUCGACUGAAAAAUGAGGACUCUCUUCUUUACAAAUCGCUCAAAGAAUUCGACACUAACCAUCGACUCCUUAUCACUGGCACGCCGCUACAAAACAGUCUCAAAGAAUUAUGGGCCUUGCUCCAUUUCAUUAUGCCUGAUAAAUUCCCCACCUGGGAAUUGUUCGAAGAAGAGCAUGGUAACGCUGAGCAAAAAGGCUAUUCCCGAUUACAUAAGCAGCUUGAGCCAUAUAUUCUUCGUCGAGUGAAGAAAGACGUAGAGAAAUCUCUUCCAGCUAAAGUUGAACAAAUCCUUCGGGUAGACAUGUCGGCACUUCAGAAGCAAUAUUACAAAUGGAUUUUGACGAAGAACUACGCAGCCUUGCGAAAGGGUAACAAAGGGUCCGCCAGCACUUUUGUUAACAUCGUUAUGGAGCUGAAAAAGUGCUGUAAUCACGCUUUUUUGACAAAGCCUCAAGAGAACGAACGACGCUAUGGAGCCAGUGCUACUGAACAAUUACAGCAAUUGAUCCGUGGUUCGGGAAAACUGGUGCUCUUAGACAAACUUCUGGUCCGUCUAAGAGAGACAGGGCACCGCGUGCUGAUCUUUUCCCAGAUGGUGCGGAUGCUGGACUUAAUAGCAGAAUAUCUGCAACUACGCCAUUUCCCUUUCCAGCGAUUAGACGGUGGUAUAAAGGGUGAAUUAAGACGCAAGGCAAUGGAGCACUUCAACGCUGAAGGAUCCCAAGAUUUCUGUUUCUUGUUGUCAACUCGCGCCGGAGGUCUUGGCAUUAACUUGGCCACGGCCGACACCGUCAUUAUCUUUGAUUCCGAUUGGAAUCCACAGAACGAUUUACAGGCCCAAGCUCGAGCUCAUCGUAUCGGACAAAAGAACCAAGUCAACAUUUACCGUCUAGUGACCAAGGCAUCGGUCGAAGAAGAUAUUGUAGAGCGAGCGAAGCGAAAAAUGGUUCUUGAUCAUUUAGUGAUCCAGCGGAUGGACACCACUGGACGAACGGUGCUCGAUCGCAAAGCCACGAAUCCUUCAAACGCUACUCCUUUCAACAAGGAGGAACUCAACGCUAUUCUCAAAUUUGGUGCUGAAGAAUUGUUUAAAGAUGACGAAGACGGUGAAGAUGAACCUGCCUGUGAUAUUGACGAAAUCCUACGACGAGCAGAGACACGUGAUGAGCCGGCUCCACAGGUGGGCGACGAGCUCCUCUCAGCUUUCAAAGUGGCCAGCUUCACGAUCGACGAAGAGGAGCCCGUUUCCAUGAAUCCAUCAAGUAGUAGGCCGACAGCAGAUAAUGACGACGAAACACGUGACUGGGACGAAAUCAUCCCGGAAAAUGUUAGGAAGAAAAUUGACCAAGAGCAACGUGAAAAAGAGAUGGCUGACUUAUACCUACCACCUCGUCGUGGUCGUGGACAACAACAAGGAGCUGAGGGGAAAAGUGCGUUGGAAGAAGGUAGAUCUCGCAGAAACCAGCAGGAGGAAGAGUCAGAAGCCAGUGAAGAAGGAUCAGAUGGAGAAGACAGGCCUCGAAAGCGAGGUCGACCCAGAGUCAACGGCCGCGAGAGUGUUAAAGGCUUUAGCGAUGCUGAAAUUCGUCGCUUCCUGAAGAGUUUCCGCAAAUUCGCCUCACCACUCGAUAGGCUUGAAGCUGUUGCGGGAGAUGCUGAAUUGCAGGAGAAGCCACUUAGUGACCUCAAAAAGCUCGGUGAGCUCAUUCUUGCACGGUGUCAGGAGGCCCUUGAGUCGCAGAAAUCGGGCAAGGACACGCCAGCAGAAGUAGCAGAUGAUGGCAUGACGCCUGGUGGCAGGAAAAAGCGAGAACGAGGUCCGUCGCUAAAGAUAUCGAACGUUUCAGUCAACGCCAAAACGAUAAUGACAUCUCUGCAGGAGCUUGAACCCCUUUCUAAAUUAUUACCUGCCAAUGUGGAAGAGAGGAAACGCUGGUAUUUACCAACCAAACUCAGGGACCCACACUGGGAUAUCGAGUGGGCUAAUGACGACGAUUCUCGUCUAUUGUGUGCUAUUUAUGAAUAUGGUAUGGGAUCUUGGGAAGCAAUGAAAAUGGAUCCGAAUUCUGGAUUAUCAGACAAAAUUCUUCCUGAUGGACAGGAUGCCAAGCCGCAAGGAAAACACUUGCAAAACCGAGCUGAUUAUCUACUCAAAGUCAUGGCGAAACUAUACGAAGCUCAGCAAUUGGGAAAGCCUGUCAAACCGAAGCGACAGCGUAAACCUAAGCCCAUUUCCAAGUCCCUGAUUGGUGAAACGGAAGACAUAAGUUCGGGUGAAGAUUUUACCAUCAACAGCCCACCACCAAGCAACUCCACUCGACGUCCUUCCUCGUCAAAGGCACCUAAAGCAGCCAAAGUCAAAACCGAGGACGAGGAUUCACACGUUGAAGCUCGCACUGAAGACGAACGUCUGGUGCCCCCUUGCCGUCUCAUUACUGAGGCAAAAGAAAGUCGCAAGAAGGAUUCUGCUGCCAAAAAAGAAAAAAAGAUUAAGAAAAAAGAUGCUGGACCGAUGCAUUUUACAGCUAAUAGCGUCCCGCGGGCUGUUGAAAUUAUUGGCGAAUUAGAUCCUUCGAUUUUCAAUGAGUGCAAGGAAAAGAUGCGACCGGUGAAAAAAUCAUUGAAGGCAUUGGACAACCCACCUCAGAGCAUGUCGGACGUAGAGCAGGUUCAACAUACGCAACAGUGUCUUUUGCACAUUGGCGAACACAUCGACAAGUGCCUGGCGGCCAUCCCGGAUCCCGAACGUAACCGCGUUUGGCGCAACAACCUUUGGUACUUCGUAUCAAAGUUUACUGAAUUCGACGCCAAAAAAUUGUUCAAGCUUUACCGUAAUGCCACCAAGAAGCAAGAGAAAGGGAAUGAAGAGGGCGAAAAGACCACCAAGACCAGAGAUAAAGAGGGACGAACGAAAGACAAAAAUAAAGAUAAAUCUAAAGUGAAAGAAGAGAAUCGUUCCUCGAGUUACAACAUUCCAAACAAACGACGCCACGAAGCAGAAGAGGUGCAGCCACAUUUGCCAAAUAAAAGACCGUAUAACGGUGCGACCAUUGUCGACAGCUGGACCGACAAAGCCAAUGACCACGAGCGUGAACGUGAACGUGGUAGAGGGCCAACUCUUUCUCCAACAGAUAGAAGAGAACAAUUCACGUCCGACAGCGAGCGUGAGCGAGAUAGGCGAGACCGUGAUCGAGAACGAGGACGAGACCGUGAAAGGGAUCGACCUCCUGUUGUUGGUGCGUACAGUCGUCCACCUCCGCCCCCUCUCCUUGGGGCUACAAAUUACAACCCACAUGCCGAUAGCAGAGAUCGUGAUAGGGAACGGGACCGUUGGAUGGGAGUUCCUCGUGAGGAGCGAUACGCUACCGAUAGGCGGGAUGGAUACAGUCGUCCACACGUCUCCGGAGUAGGAGCCUCAGCAUUUGCUCGAUCGGAUCGCGAUCCAAGGGAUCACCGGGAAAGGGAUUACCGACCACCAGCACUAGAUAAAAGAGGUUACCCAAAUGGGCCGGCUGCUGGCUCUUACAGCGGUUCCCAUUAUAACGAUUUUGAUCCGCCUCCUAACUACCCUCGUGGGGUGCCAAGUAGUGGCUAUGCUGAUUGGCGCGGUAGUAAAGAUCGAGAAUAUCGUCGAGAAUUUUCCGAUCGUCGUCCCACUCUGCCACCGCCAAACGGAUCUUGAACAUUUUUUGCGCAACUUUACUGGUCUCCCUCAUUUGCUCCUUUGAAAGUAAUGAGUUAAUCUCGUCAACUGUCAUGGAGGUCCGCAAUUGCCUUUUUGUUUCAAGAUGCGCGAUAUCAAGUCACGAAUAGAAAAACCUAUUGGUAUUGGGCCGCAUCAUGCACUAUACAAUUUGUGGGGAUGUGCUUUCAUCAGACUGCCAACACCCACCUUACUAUAAAAAUUUCUCUCGUUUUUUUUUUGUGUCACUUUUGGAUUUUUUUUUAAACGUCGGACAGAUUGUGUGUGUGUCUUGUACCGCUUUUCCUUUUUGUAUCCUACAAAAAAAAAUUAAAGAUAACAGAAACAUGCUGGUUUGCAGUUACGGUCACGCUCCGCUUACACAUUGUAAAGAAAAAAAUUGAUGUUUUAUGGACAUGCCUGUACAUAAAGAAGAACGAAUACAGUUUGUGUUGUUAAAAACUGGA